AUGGGUGUCUGUGGACUGGCCGGCCAGCACACUGAGUGUGUCCUGUGGGCUCUGCCCUACCUUUUUCAGCCAGAGGGAAAUGACAGUCCUGUGGAGACACUGCGACUCCCUGUCUGUUCGUACUCCAUUCACACUAGCUGUCUCAACGCUGAGCAGGGGCAGCCUUUGGCAUCCGCCGUGGCCGAGCUGCCGGGGCAGGACGCCUCCGGGAAGCAGGUGCCACUGGGCGCGCUGCUGCGGGAGCGCCGGGCCACCGUGGUGCUCGCGCGGCAUUUCCUGUGUUACAUCUGCAAGGGAUACGUGGAAGAUCUGGCCAAAAUCCCCAAGAGUUUCUUACAAGGAGCAAAUGUCACCCUUAUAGUGAUUAGACAGUCAUCCUGUCAUUAUAUUGAGCCUUUUUAAACUGGGUAUUUUCAUGACAUCUAUAUUGAUCUUGAGAGAUAAAUUUAUAAAAGAUUGGGAAUGAAAAAAGGUGAAGAAAUUGCCUCCUCAGGACAGAGCCCCUACAUAAAGUCAGAUCUACUCUCAGGAAGCCUUCGGAGCCUGUGGCGGGCAGUGACUGGCCCUCUCUUUGAUUUUCAAGGAGACCCAGCUCAGCAAGGCGGAACCCUCAUUUUAGGCCCAGGUAACCAUGUCCAUUUUAUAUACAAUAGGAAUAGGUUGGAUCACAAACCCAUAAACUCUGUUUUAUAGCUUGUAGGAGUUCAGCACGUGAACUUUACAAGCAGACUUUCAGUUAUCCAUGUGUGACUUAAUAGGGAAUCUGUUGCUUUCAAAUGCACCCUCAGGAAUGUGACCCUAACUGCUGGGUUAUAGUA